CAGUAAGGGACCCAGAUCUAUCACAUCUAACACGUCUUUCCUCUCAUUCCCUUUCCCUCCACCGCUACUAUAUACUCUCUACGCGCUCUGAUCCGCUGCUGUAUUUUCCUUUUUCCGGUUACCCAUCCAACGCUCCCUAGUCUCCGGCCACCGUAGAGGAAAUGGGCGUCGAUUACUAUAAUAUGCUCAAAGUUAAUAGGAACGCCAGCGACGAUGAUCUCAAGAAGGCCUACAAGCGCCUCGCCAUGAUAUGGCACCCGGACAAGAACCCGUCUGCUAAGAGGAUUGAAGCCGAGGCUAAAUUCAAGCAGAUUUCUGAAGCUUAUGAUGUACUCAGCGACCCUCAGAAGCGGCAGAUCUACGAUUUAUAUGGUGAAGAGGCUUUGAAAUCCGGCCUCUACCCGCCGCCUUCGUCUGCGUCUUCAUCUAGUCAUUAUUAUCAGAGGCAGCAUACUAAUCCCUCCUUCAGGUUCAAGCCUAGGGACGCUGAUGAUAUAUACGAGGAAUUUUUUGGAUCCGAGAGCAGAGGUGGUGGGGGUGCUGGCGGGGGAGGAGGAGCUGGCGGGGGAGGAGGGAAUAAUCAUGGUAGGUAUUAUUUUAAGAGUAAUACUCAUUAUUUCGGCAAUGGAGCAGAGGCGAAAAAGGCUGCUCCCAUUGAGAAUGCGUUACCGUGUAGCUUGGAGGACCUAUAUAAGGGUGCUAAGAAGAAGAUGCGGAUUUCGAGAAUUGCUUAUGAUGCUUCUGGUAAGUUUCAGACUCUUGAAGAAAUACUGACCAUUGAUAUAAAACCUGGUUGGAAGAAGGGUACGAAGAUCACAUUUCCUGAGAAGGGUAACCAGGAGCCUGGUAUUAUUCCUGCGGAUCUUAUUUUUGUGGUGGAUGAGAAACUACACCCUAUUUACAAGAGGGAUGGUAAUGAUCUAGUAGUGAAUGAGGAGAUAACACUGCUGGAGGCCCUCACGGGUAAGACCCUUGAGUUUACUACACUUGAUGGAAGGAAUCUCAUGAUCCCACUAACAGAUAUUGUCAAACCUGGUGCCGAGGUGUUGGUCCCAAAUGAAGGAAUGCCAAUUUCAAGAGAACCUGGAAAGAAGGGUAAUUUGAGAAUCAAGAUUGAUGUCAGGUACCCAUCAAGGCUUACCUCAGAGCAGAAAUCCGAGCUAAUAAGAGUUUUGGGUGGAGUUUUACAAUAAUGAAUGAUUGCUUCGGAGAGAAAAAUGGAGUAGAUCGAGUCUUUCAGUUAUUGGGAUUGCUAUUGGAUGUAAAUAUAAUGUGUAUGGCUAUACACUGAUGUAGAAUGUUAAUCCUAGGAUUCCUUAAAUUGAAAGGGAACAGAUUUGGCGUAUCAAAUGUUGGUAGGGUAAAGGGUACAUUGGGUCAUUGGGCUUGGUGCCAUUCUAACAAGGGAAACAGGUUGGCAAAUUCUACUUGAUCCCUGUCAUUUUUGCCUUUUGCAAUUUUUAGUUCGAAUUUGGAUACCAUAUAUACUCAGAAUGAUGACGUUGACAUCGAGAAAUAUGAAAUUUACUGUAUUUUCUGUUC